AUGAAUUAAACUUUGCUAACACUACAAAAUCCGCCUAAAAAGAUUUGUGUCAGAUGUAAUUAAGAAAUUGUUGGAAUUAUUUGUUGGAAGGUUUUUAAAUGGGCAGCAAUUAGAUUUAGUAUUUUAACAGUUAUCUGUAUCCCUGGUCUAUUUUUUUUGCAAUAUCAAAUUGGUAUAAUAUGGGCAGCUGGAAUAGGAAUGUGGGCAUUAUUUUUUUUUUUGGUUAUGUUAUGUUCAUGUCAUUCACAAACACCAGGACCUGGAUUGGAAAGGGAAUUAAGGGAAUAAAGAGAGAUAUAAGAAAUGAUG